AUGUCAACUAAGAAGACUGUUGCCCCAGCUAAGACUGUUGCUACCAAGCCAGCUGCCCCAAAGGUCGUCAAGAAGGCCGCCGGUGGUAAGGCUGUUGCUGCCAAGAAGCCACGUGCUCGUUUCGACGCCAUCUACACCUUGAACAAGAAGCGUGUCUUUGGUACCGGUCACGGUGUUGCUCCAAAGCGUGAUGUUACCUACUUUACCAAGUGGCCACGUUACGUCCUCAUCCAACGUCGUCGUAGAGUCCUCAUGAGACGUUUCAAGGUCCCACCAACCAUCAACCAAUUCACCCGUGUCUUGGACAAGAACACCGCCACCUCCCUCUUCAAGUUGUUGGACAAGUACCGUCCAGAAGAAGCCGCUGCCAAGAAGGCUCGUUUGUCAAAGAUUGCUCAAGAGCGUGCUGCCGCCCCAAAGGGUGAGAAGCCACAAGCUCCAAAGGAGAAGGCUCACGUCGUCCGUCACGGUGUCGACAUGGUCACCCGUCUCGUUGAAAAGAAGAAGGUCAAGCUCGUCGUCAUUGCUCAUGAUGUCGACCCAGUUGAAUUGGUCAUCUCUUUACCAGCUCUCUGCCGUCGUAUGGAUGUCCCAUACGUCAUCGUCAAGUCCAAGUCCAGAUUGGGUCAAGUCGUCAACCUCAAGAAGACCUCUGUCGUUGCCAUCACUGGUGUCAACCAAGGUGACCAACACGAUCUCUCUCUCCUUGUCGAAUCUGCCAAGAACAUGUACAACAACAACGUUGAACACCGUAAGGAAUGGGGAGGUUGUCAAGUCUCUUCCAAGUCCAAGAUCAGAAUGGCCAAGCGUCUCAAGGAAAAGAACCUCUCAAACGUCAAGAAAUAA